GCUGCCGCAUCCCUCCUUCUUCCUCGGUUCCCGUUCCGGGGCCUUCUUCGCCCGCCUCGGUCACGACGCCGCCGCCGCCGCCGCCACCACCGCCUCCUCCUGCAGCCAAGGCCGGCAUUAUUUGGGGGCGCCAUGGCCGCCAAGAAAGGCGGCUCUCGGCUGGAGACGGAGAUCGAGCGCUGCCGCUCCGAGGGCCAGUGGGAGCGGAUCCCCGAGCUGGUCAAGCAGCUCUCCGCCAAACUCAUCGCCAACGGUGGAUGUAUGGCAGAGCUCCUCCUUGGAUCAAAGCUUGAACUUUUUCUGAAGGAGAACCCUCUUAAACAAGGUGCUAGUCCCUGUGGUCCUCGACCAAAGUUAGUGAAUCAGAAGCAUCUCACUGCAGCACUUGACCGUGGAAAUUUAAAGCCAGAGUUCUUACAAGAAGCCAAUUUAGUUAUGGCCAAAUUAAACUAUGUAGAAGGAGAUUACAAAGAAGCUCUUAACACAUAUGCAAGAGUUGGUAUUGAUGAUUUACAGCUUGUUGCUGUACCUCCUUAUCGGCUGAGGAUGAUUGCUGAAGCAUAUUCUACCAAAGGUCUUUGUCUAGAAAAAUUGCCAGUUUCUUCAUCAACGAGUAACCUCCGAGCAGAUCGUGAACAAGAUAUCAUUAUGUGCUAUGAAAAAGCUGGGGAUAUAGCACUUCUGUACCUUCAGGAAAUAGAAAGGAUAAUAAUUACCAAUAUGCAGAACAGAAGCCCUAAGCCAGGACCUGCAACACAUGAACAAGAGCUUGGAUAUUUUUUAGAAACAGGACUUCAGAGAGCUCAUGUCUUAUACUUCAAAAAUGGGAAUUUGACAAGAGGAGUCGGUAGAUUUAGAGAAAUUCUAAGAGCGGUUGAAACAAGAACUACUCAAAAUCUACGCAUGGUAAACAUAGCAAGGCAGUUAGCUGAAAUGCUACGAGGUAUGUGUGAACAGAGUUACUGGAACCCAUUAGAUGACCCUCCUCAUCAGUCACCAUUGAAUGAUCCCUGGAAAGGUGCAAACACAAAAAGUUAUGCACUUAGCCGAAGACCACGGGUUGUAUUCAGGAGAAAACAUUUUCUUCCUCAAGAGAACACUGAAGAAGCUCUCUUGCUGCCGAUUAGUGAGUCUAUGGCUAAUCGUGAUGCUGUACUGAGCAGAAUACCAGAACACAAAAAUGACCGCAUCAUUAGUUUGCAAAGUGCAUCUGUAGUCUAUGACUUGCUUACGAUUGCCUUGGGAAGAAGAGGUCAAUAUGAAAUGCUUUCAGAGUGCUUAGAAAGAGCUAUGAAAUUUGCCUUUGAAGAAUUCCAUCUUUGGUAUCAGUUUGCACUGUCCUUAAUGGCUGCAGGAAAAUCUGCUCGAGCUGUGAAGGUCUUGAAAGAGUGUAUUCGAUUGAAGCCAGAUGAUCCUACAAUCCCACUUCUUGCUGCCAAAUUAUGUAUGGGAUCCCUUCAUUGGCUAGAAGAAGCAGAAAGAUUUGCCAGAAUAGUGGUUGAUGCGGGGGACAAAACAUCAGAAUUCAAAGCCAAAGGUUUUUUAGCCCUGGGACUGACUUACAGCUUACAAGCUACAGAUGCUUCUUUGAGGGGCAUACAAGAAGUCCUGCAGCGAAAGGCUCUUCUAGCGUUUCAAAGGGCACAUACUUUGUCUCCAACUGAUCACCUGGCAGCAUUUUAUCUAGCUUUGCAGUUUGCUAUAUCCCGGCAGAUUCCAGAAGCUUUGGGUUAUGUUCGCCAGGCUCUUCAGCUUCAGGGAGAUGAUGCUAAUUCUUUGCAUCUACUUGCUCUCUUGCUGUCAGCUCAGAAACACUACCACGAUGCUCUGAAUAUCAUUGACAUGGCCUUGAGCGAAUACCCAGAAAACUUUAUAUUGCUGUUUUCAAAAGUCAAAUUGGAAUCACUCUGCAGGGGCCCAGAUGAAGCACUCCUUACUUGUAAACACAUGUUGCAGAUCUGGAAAUCCUGUUACAAUCUCACUAACCCCAGUGAUUCUGGACGGGGCAGCAGUUUGUUAGACAGAGCCAUUGCUGACAGACGACAGCUUAAUACAAUUACUUUGCCAGACUUCAGUGACCCUGAAACAGCUUCUGAUUCUUCCACAUCUUCAUCUCUCUCAAGAACCGAAUCUCUUCUCCACCUGUUUAUGUCUUCUCAGUCUCCUCACCCUCAUCCCAAAACUGAUACCUUUGUGUGGCCCUAUGCAACCAAUCCAAACUGUGACCACGUUCCUGUGCCCUGCGAACCUCCACUCUGCAACCCUCCAGAUGCUUACUUUCAUGGUUUUUUCUCCCUUUUUUCAGUUUUAAACAUGUGUAAAAUCAAGAGACUAAUUCAUUCUUCUCUCCUCUUCUUCCUCUUGGCAGCUGAGGUAUACAUAGGAAUUGGAAAACCCGCAGAAGCCACAGCAUGUACUCAGGAGGCUGCCAACCUCUUCCCAAUGUCUCACAAUGUCCUCUACAUGAGAGGUCAAGUGGCAGAACUUCGGGGAAAUAUUGAUGAAGCCAAACGCUGGUAUGAAGAGGCCUUAUCUAUCAGCCCUACCCAUGUGAAAAGUAUGCAGAGAUUGGCUCUGAUACUUCAUCAGCUUGGAAGGUAUAGUUUGGCUGAGAAAAUCCUUCGGGAUGCCGUCCAGGUGAAUUCAACAGCCCAUGAGGUUUGGAAUGGCCUCGGGGUGGUUCUGCAAGCUCAGGGCAAUGAUGAUGCAGCAACCGAGUGUUUCCUAACAGCACUGGAGCUUGAAGCCAGCAGUCCCAUCGUCCCUUUCACCAUAAUCCCCCGAGUUCUCUGAAGGGCUCGCCUGCAGACUGAUGCUUCAACUGAAUGUGAGAAUGUUGGGAAGCCUGCAUAAGCCUUCCUCCAGACUCCAAGAGCAGUUCUUCAGGCUGAGAGGUAAUAGAACAAAGCAGGCAAUCUGCUCAUUUCUGUCUGGGGUUCUGACGUGGAUGUGGUACAGUGUAAUAAUGUUAAUGAAGAAACCUGAUUAGCCAGAAGGAAACACACAGACAACAUCCCAAAACAAUACCACCACCUGUGUCUGCUUACAUCUUUGCCCCAUAGUAUUUUCUAAGCCUGAUGCUAUUGUUCAAAUGGGUAUUGUGCCAUAUUUUAUUAGGUGACAUCUGAGUGUUAUGUAAAACUAAAUAGAAUCAAACACCAACUGUAGAAUGCUAGAUUCAAGUUAAAAUUCAGUGGCAGAGCAGCCUACUUUUAACCAAGCCUGUCAAAGACCUGUUCUCUUCAAUGUCUUUCAACCUCUCUGGGCCCAGAAAAAAAUGUGAAAUUUGCUGUGUUCCAUCUCUACAGUAGUCCAGGGCAGCAAAUAAGCUGAAGGGUGUAUGUUUUUAGUUGUUAAUAACUGUGAUGUGUAGCUAAUUGUUAUUCCCUUUAUUUAGGAGAAAGGUUGUGUACAAGAAUAUUUAUAUUUUACCAAUGUAUGCCUGUCGGGGGAAAAUAAAAAUAAAAUAUUAGUUAUUUAAGUUUAACUUUUUUAUGUGAAUCCAGAGUUUAUUUAUCAAUGGAAAUAUGUAAAAAGAUGCUAAAGACUGAAUAUUUACCAACAUUCCUUAUGCUAUAUACCCACUUGGCUCAAUGGGAAGAUUAUGUUGAUAAUAAAAUGAUUUUUGAAUGGA